AUGAUGCUGGAAAGGCACGUAGAUUACAUACCACGACUUCCAGCUUUACGUCAUUGGUUCCGUGCGCGGUCUGCAAUCAUUCUUUACUUCUCCAAUGGCAAGCUGGAAGUUCAUUUCACUGAAAGCUAUACAAAGAUUAUUGCAUAUGGUUUAAUGGGAGCUGUUACAUACGUUGAUAAGCCCGGAAAUUUCUGUGUUUACAAGUUACUACAACUAGAAACUAAUGGAUGUGCCAAGGCUUCGAUACGUGAAAACAAUGGGAAAAAGUUGAUGUCGAACAACUACAGUCUUCCUGGAUCUCUGUGCAAUCCGCGAUUUGCUGCAUUUGGAUUCACAGAUCAAAUUUUGUUUUAUCGCAACUAA